UACAAUGACCAUCACACCAUCACUGUCGAUGCCAUUUGUCAGGCAUCCACCGAAAGGAUUCUUGUCUAAUAUGACAGUCAGUUUCCCAUUUACAAUCGACUUUGACAAACUCGGUUUAACGGACAAUGAGAAUCCUUACGGAGCAUUUCCGCCUAUCUUGGCCCGAUCUAUGGGAAGAGCGGCGGUUUCCAUGAUGGCGGAUUAUGUGGGACAAUAUUUGGAUCGUAGACGCGGUAAGCGGUCUACCAGUGAAAAUGUAACACCAGAUGUUGAAAAGGCGAUACUCGAUAGAUUGCAUGGUGGAGAGAGAGCAAUAUUAUAUGGGAUAGCGGAGGACAUAUUUGCAAACUUUGGAUUAUCAGGAAAAGAAUGUUUGCUGCGAGCUAUAUGCGAAAUACAAUCGCAUCCUCUCAAAAACUUCGGUUUUCUCGGCGAAGUCAUGAAGCUAUUCUUUACACCUAGCAAGUCACCAUACGCGAGCUUAUUAGAUGAAUACGUAGAAGCCCAAAAAGCCGGGGAAUCUGGUGGCGAAUGUUGGCCGUAUUACCGAUUAUGUCCCAAGAGUAUUUUCCAAUCUUCUAACAAAUACUCGAAAGACGCAGAGGACAUGCAUAGGCGACAAGAACACGAAGACGUCGACGAGAACAAAAUAGAAGAUGUGCAAGCAAUGUAGACCAAUUUUAGUGAUUGCAUUGAAACUAUGGCUCAUACAGCCGUUGAUAGAUUCCCAAAAUGUAGUGGUAGUUCCGACCAAAGCUCUUUGUAAUUAGACUUGUACUAAAAUUAUUUAUUUUUACAUCUAAGUGCCAUUCCAUUGAGACACGCGAAGGUGAUGACGAGCAAAUAAUGAUAUACAACAGCAUCGCGUAAUCAAACGCUU